AUGGCGGAUGUUGUGCCGUCUGCGGCACGUGGAUCCACCCUAUUUCAGGACUCGGUUGCUGGACCAUGCGAAUCUCUGCCUAAGGAGGUGACGGAACUUGCCGAAAAAUAUCAGUUUUCAAUAAAUCACGACCGAAGUAUACAAAAAGAGGUGAUUGAACUGAAGAAAUUCAUCCGCACUGCUGUCAAGAAACAGAUGAAAAUCAAAGCUGGAUAUGUGCAAAUGCAGAAAGCCACAAAUGCCAAGAAGCAGGCCGAUAAUUUGAAAAGAGAGGUGCGAGACCUAAGUGAUCAAAUAAGUGACAUGCAAGAAGAUCUCCAGAUACUAGACGUGUACGAUACGGGUGCCUUU